GUUUUCAAUGGAAACCUUUGGAUAAUCAACAGUUAAAAAGACAUGUUGAAUUAGUGACUAUUGUUUCUAGAGUCACUGAUUGCUCUUUAGAAAAACAGCACCGGGAUCUUCAACUAUCGUUGUCAAUGGUUGGGCGUUAGCACAGUUGUAUUCACAGCAACCAUGACGUUCUUCGUGUUACUUCUUACGUGUGUAAUUGUUGCUUCAAUUGCUGUAGAAGGUGCCGUGAACAUGACGUCACGGGUUACUCCCUACCAAGUGCGAUUUGGAAAGGACGGUCGGCCGCUCAUGGAGGAUUUCGAAAAAAGGACGCCUUGCGGACAAGCACCUACUGCGGCGUUUAAUGAAGCUCCUCGAUCGCCAUGUGACACCUACCAUACGAGUGACAGUGACGUCAGGUUAUACCUGUUGAAUCAUACAACUAUCUCAUUCCCCGUGAGACUGGAUUUCACUCUCAAGAAUCAAGAGGCUAACUUGACUGAGGUGCGCUUCAUGGGAAGAGUGAACGGUGAUGUGGUCUACACUGUUAAGUUUACACGUGGUCAGGGUGUUGGUCUUAAAGGUUUGAAUGCACACAUGGACCUUCAGUUUGAUGGAUCUCAUCGCUUCUGGGUGACUUACGAGAAUGGUGAGGUAAAGGUGGGAUUACACGGCCGCAAUGGCGAACCGCUGCUUCACUACACCGAUCCGAAUUUCACGACAAAUCAAGUGCGCGUUGUUGAGUUGCACUCUAAGACAAUAACUCGAACUGAGUGGACGGUUUAUCAGCCAUGCUUUAAGUAAGGCUUAAGAUUGCCAAAAAAGUCAAACAAAUUAAAGUCACCUGGAAAUAGAAUUUUUAUCUGUUCAAACAUAAUAGUAAGCCUAUAUGUUUAGUAACAAUAAACAAAUAAUAAUAAUUGUUUGUAACGAUUUAUAUCUUUAAAA